AUGUUCUCGGACCCGGCCUCGUCGCUGUACUGGCCGCCCGACGUGGCGCGCUACGACGUGGAGACGCUGCUGUUCUCGUCCUCGGGCUGGCUGCGCACCGCCUGCAUCGUCCUCGCCCUGUUCUGGGUCGCCUUCCGCGCCUACCAGGUCCUCUCGCAGCCCGUCGACAAGCUGGUCCACGUCCUCGGCCUCGAGGUCCCCGUCGCCCCGCUCGUCUCGCUCGCCGGCAUCAAGGCAGACGGCCUGCUGCUGCACUGGAAGGCCCCCGAGCGCGCCUCGGUCCUCAAGUACGUCGUCCGCAUCAACGGCAUCGACGUCGGCCACGUCGCCCCCCACGACACCUCCGUCACCGUCGAGAACCUGCUGCCCGACCACCACUACACCCUGCGCGUCGUCACCUUCAACGCCUCCAACUUCCAGGCCCCGAGCGCCCCCCUCCGCCUGCGCACCCUGCCCGCCGACUCGGACCAGUACUACGCCGCCUCGCCCCCGUCUACUACCCACGCCGCUGCAGCCCCCGCCUCCGCCUCCGCCUCCGCCGACGAUGCCAACCCCACCCCCAUCGUCCGCCCCAACAAGUCCCUGGCCGACGUAGCCACCCCCUUUGCCGCCCCCGCCAUGACGCGCGAGCACAGCAACAGCACCUCGCGCGCACGACGCCCCGACAUGGCCCGCAGAGGCUCGCCCGCCUCGCUGACCGCCGACGACGCACGCGCAGCCGCCGACUCCAACGACUCCAUCCGCGCCCUGACCGAGAAGCUCGACGCCCUCCGCCGCGACCUCGACGACAUGGACCGCCAGAUCCAGGACGAGGACCACGACUUUGUCUCCCAGCGCCUCGUCCUCAUCCACAAGCGCGACGAGAAGAAGGCGGCCCUCAAGGAAAAGGAAGACGCGAGCCGCGACCUGCGCAAGGAGGUCGCCACCCUCGAGCGCCAGAGCGCCGCUGCGCAGACACGGCGCACCCACCAGGAGCGCCUCUUCCGCCAGAAGGAGGCCGAGAGGAAGAAGAUGAAGGACGACGUCGCCAAGUGGUCCCGCGAAUCCGUCGAGCUGCGCGACACGGCCGAGAACCUCAAGAAGGAGCAGAACGAGUACAAGGCGUCCUCCCAGAAGCGCAUCCAGGAGGCCAAGGACAAGUACGACGACGAGAUACAGGCCAACAAGGCCCUCGAAGACGCCAUUCGCGAAAAGGGCAUCCAGAUCAAAGCGCUCGAGGAAGAGAGGAAGGAGCUGGAAGAGGGCCAGGAGGGUGGGGAGGCCCCAGACGGCACCGACAGUGCCGAGCGCGAAGAAGACAACCGCUGGAAGAUGACCCUGGGCCUCUUGCAGCAACAGUACGCUCAGGCCUGGCAGCUGUUCAUCGAAGCCGACAGGGCCAACCAGGAGGCUUCCAGCAGGCUGCAGUACUUGCAGCAGCGCCGCAUGAGCCAGCCCCAGCUCUACGACGAUCCCAGCGUCCCGCGCGUUGGCCCAGUCAGGAGAAACAGCCAGCGCCAGCGUCCUCUGAGCAUGCGCGAGGGACUGUUGAACGGACCGCCUGGCGGCUUCGUGCAGACCUCCUCAGCACCCUUCAACAGCAUGGCUGCCGCCUCAUCACCGCCCUUUGCGUCCGUCACCCCCUACUUCAACCCCGUCAACGGCAUGGCUUUGCCUCCUCGUGGGCACGGACACACGCCCUCCCUCUCCCAAAUGUCUCAAGCUGAUCUCGAGUCCUUGACCGGCGGUGCGCCCAUGAGCCCAACGGCUGGCGCUCUGCUUCCUGCAGGCCUGUUCGGCGAUGAUCUGGGCCUUACAGACAACGAGGACGACGACCUCUUCGGCCCGCCUCGACUAUCCUCAUUAGAACCAUCGCCCAACAUGCGCAACGUCCUCCCUGGCCUGGGCGCUGUCGGUCAUGUUGACCCGCCCAAGGAUCCCUAUACGCCGGUCUCACCGCCCGAGAGUCGUUCGCCCAGCGUCUUUGCAAGUCCGCGCGAAAGCGGUCAACUCCAAUUUUACCCGAAUCCUGAAAACAUCGACCCUGACAAGCGCUCCAUCCAAUCCAGCUCCAGCUCCUUCAUGAACUCCCAGAGCAGGUUCGGGGGACUUUUUGGGUUGAACAGGCAGCGUGGUAAGACAAUCUCUGGCCAGGGACCCGCCUUGGGCUCUCUCAAGCCGUCUCAAAGUCAAUCCCUACCUCGGCAAGAGUUCGACCUUGACUCGGCCGGCGCCUCGCGCCGCCGCGGCAGUACCGAAGGGGCUUGGUACGAUUCGUUCAUGCGGACGAAGACGCAGCCUGUGGAAUCAUCCAGUAGUCCUAAGCACGUGGCGACGCGCAAGCGUACGUUCAACAUGUUCGGUACGAAGCAUGACCCGUGGCUGACAUCUGUACUAGGAAUGGAGAGGCCGUCGUCCCCGCGCCAGGGCUCCACCAUAUCGGGCGAAGGCAUGGCUCUGCCUCGACCCUCGACGGAGAGCCAGACGAGGUUCGGCUGGGGCAUCGAUGCCUUUGGGGCUAGAAGCAGCCCGCUUGGAGUCGACUGGAGUGUCAACAACACCAACACGUCAUCAUGGUCUAGGAUGCCAUCGCGUCGGCCCUCCAUUCAGCACGGCUCGACUACCAACCUGGUCAACGAAGACUCCGUGCACGACGACAUCCUCGAUUUUCCCUCCAACGUUCGCUCGCCCAUGCAGGCACCGAUUGGCACGCGCCCGCAGUCGUCUGCAUCGCACAUGCCAUCACGAGACCACCCCCCGAUGCCAGAAACACCGCCCACUGCGCUCAACCCUGCCGCAGCGACGUUCACCAUGUUCCAAUUGGGCAAGAAGUCAGAAGAAGACAAGGCCGAGAAGGCGAAACGCGCAGCGGAGAAGGCAGCAGAGAAGGAGGCCAAGAGAGCAGAAAAGGCCGAGAAGAAGGAGAAGACCAAGGCCGAGAAAUCCAAAGGCAAGGACAAGGAGAAGCAGGUCGCUUUCGAAGCCUCGGCGGACGGCAGCCAUCCCACCUCCCCGUAUGAGACGCUCUCACGCCCUUCGCGAGACACGCCUUCCAUCAUCUCCACCGCCGAUGUCUCGGAAGCAUCGCCACGUGAGUCGCUCGAACGCAGCGUCUCGCAGGCAACCUCUGAUCAAACCGGCUCCAUCGGCAAAGAGUCCUUCAUGCAGAAGCUCACUCGCAAAGGCAGCACGAGCCAGUUCCUCUCGUUUGGCAAGAAGAACCCGCUGUUCGCCAAGAAAGGCGAUGUGCCCAGCACGCCUGAUGAAGCGGAGGAGGACUCGGGCGGUUUCUUUGGUCUGGGCAAGAGCACCGAGAGCAUCAGCCACCACAACUCUCCCAGCAUCGGCACCCCCAAGGACAAGAGUAGCGCGCUUAGCUGGGGCUCUAUUAAGCGCAUGGGCCGCAAGGACAAGACACCGAGUCUGCACGAGAGCAUUGCUAGCGAGGCGACUGGGGACGAGGAGCAUGACGAGAGUGCCGAGGGCUUGGGAUUGAAGGCUUAG